AUGGGAAUGUGCCAAUCGACCGAAGACAAGGAGAUGGCGAUGAAGUCAAAAGCCAUUGAUAAGGAGAUGAUCCAGGGACAUCUCGCUCAACAGAAGGUCGUCAAACUUCUACUUCUAGGUGCCGGAGAAUGCGGAAAAUCGACGGUACUCAAACAAAUGCGAAUACUUCACGAUCACGGAUUUUCGAACGACGAAGCUGAAGCGCAGAAGAGUGUCGUUUAUAACAACACGAUUCAGGGAAUGGCUGUGAUACUUCGAGCGAUGAGCAAUUUGGGAAUCCCGUUUCAGAAUCCAGAGCGAGAGAGCGACGCACGAGUCGUGCUAGACGUUGUGAAAGCUGGAAAAGAGUCCGAGCCGUUUUCGCCAGAACUUGCUCAUGCUCUAAAGGUGUUGUGGGAAGACAAAGGAGUUAGCACCGAUGCAGUUUUGCGAGGAAAUGAGUUUCAGUUGCCGGAGAGUGCUCCACACUUUUUAUCCUCAGUUGAGCGGAUAGCUGCAAGCGAUUACAAGCCAACAGAGCAGGAUAUUCUGCUGUCAAGAAUCAGAACCACUGGAAUCGUCGAAGUCAAAUUUCAAAUGAAAAAUGUCGAUUUUCGAGUGUUCGAUGUCGGAGGCCAACGAUCAGAAAGAAAGAAGUGGAUUCAUUGCUUCGAAGAUGUGAAUGCUAUAAUAUUCAUCGCCGCGGUCUCGGAAUACGAUCAAGUUCUUUUCGAAGAUGAGACGACGAAUCGAAUGGUCGAAUCAAUGAGAUUAUUCGAAUCGAUUUGCAAUUCCCGCUGGUUCAUCAAUACUUCGAUGAUUCUCUUCUUGAACAAGAAAGAUUUGUUCAAAGAGAAAAUUCUAAGAACAUCGAUCAAUGUUGCAUUUCCGGAGUAUAAAGGCGAACAAAACUAUGAUGAAUGCAUGAAAUACAUUGAGGAGAAAUUCGAUGGUCUCAACGCGAAUCCUGAGAAGACAAUCUAUAUGCAUCAGACAUGUGCGACUGACACGAAUCAAGUUCAAAUGAUCCUUGAUUCGGUCAUCGACAUGAUUAUUCAAGCAAAUUUGCAAGGAUGCGGUCUUUAUUAA